UUCGCCUCGGUCAAUUUAUUGAAAAAUCUUGUAAGAGUAAGAGGAUUUAUAACAUAAUCGUCACAAGCUCAAACCUGACAUACAACUUUGUUUAAUUUGUGAAAAUAUCGAUUAGGUUGACUUCAACUUGUAAAAUUAUGGUUUAGAUAUUUGUACAUACUUUAAUCAGGAAAAUAAUCUAUUUAGACAAGGACUUUUUUCAGGAUUUUUUUGCGGGCACUUUUGAGUUAAAUGGUUCAUUGAUGGAAAAUAAGGAAAAAAAGGGGACAAUAGUGUAGUAUCGAAACUGAAAAAAAGUAUAAUGAAGAAAAGCGUCGCCCGAAUGACAGCGGAUGCAUACAAACGUACAUUUCAGUCUACAUGCAGGUGUGAAUGCCGUCUACCGUCAUUUAUAUUUGGGUGAAGAAAAUAAUUCUAGUUUAAGAAAAGUAUAAACUAUCAAAUCGAGGACAAAAAUGGCAUCAAAAGAAACCAUACGUUUCGAGACUGACAUACAAAGAAUUAAAGUAGUAGAUGUUUUUACUAUUUAUUAUGUAUUCAAUGCUCUUAUUGGCUAUCUUCAGACAGUAUUCCAUACUUUUUCGAUAACGUACAUUCUGGAUUCAUUGGAAAAACAGAAACGCUUGUACCUAGCAGAGUUUCUAAAAACGGUAUAUUUAGGACACAUACAGACAAUUUCUGGAGGAUGCAAAAGAGAUUUGAAAAGGAUUGGAAAAUUGUGGCUAUCCUUUAAAAAGUUUGUGGACUCUAAAAAGGACAAAUCAUUCAGAAUUUGCUAUGAAUUCUUGUCGGAUGCAUUUCGAACGGAAAUGAUGAACGGGGAACAAGAGGCUGUAGAUAAGUUUGCAAUAUGUACUUGGUUCCAGGUCCAAACAUACGAAAUGGACCAAUGUGAAAAAAGAAAAUCGAUUCUCGAAAACAUGGUUGCUGUAAUACCGGACAAUCUUGACAGAACUGUAGCUGAAAUAGUUUAUUAUAGUAAAAUGGCAACGACUGCGGAAUUUGAAAAUGACAUAGAAAGUGCUAAAGACUUUGCAAGCGAAGCAAAGUACUUGAGUGAAAAAUGCGAGGAUAAAACAGCAAAAAUCCUGGCACAUUAUAGUUACUUCUUUCUUCAUCGGAGGUUAUAUUUACGAGACAAAAGCGAAACGAACCAAGAAUUAGUUCUGGAACAAUGUAAUAUUGGUUGCGACAUGUUCCCAGUUCCCGACGAAGACGGUGACUUUGAAAUGUACUGCGCAUUGUUAUUCCUACUCUACAAGGCAGGCGACUACUUGCAUAUCACAUACAAACUUGAAGUUCUUGAUUCUGAUAUGAUGAGCCUUUCAACUAUCGUGGCAGCUGAGGAAGUUCUUAGAAGUGCAUACAAAUACAUACCUAUAUCUACUCCAAGAAAACAGCUGACGUUCAAAUUCUGUAGGGGUAGGCUAUAUCAUUUACAAUCUGAGUUUGAAAAAGCUAGUACAUACUUGAAGGAAACGAAAGAUCUGAUGAAAGGUGGUGUAUUAAGCGAGAAGGAGCAGGAGAACGUUUCCAGAUAUUGUGAAAAAUUUGAAGAAGAACUCAGGUGCGUUUUUAACUUUAAUAUGUUAUUUCUAAAUUGA